AUGAAAGCGCCACCGCGGAAAAUGCGGUGUCUGGGGCGCCCGCGGCCAUCAUACCCACGACCAUUGGAAGUACAGUGGUGGAAACGGCGGGGCUCGCCAGUUAUGAACAUUAAGGGAUCGGUCUACGGAGGUGUUGCCGGUAUAGGCAACGCGAGUAGCCACUCGGCCCGGUCCCAUGCUACAUCCCGGCACAAUGCACGAGGUGGCACAUGA